AUGGAUAAUAUUAACAAUAAUCACGAAAAACCAUUUAUAUUGCCAUUUAAUGGACAAUUGGCGCCUAAAUUGAGAUUCACUGAUGGUAUGAGAAUACCAAUUAUAGGUUUAGGGACUUACGAUAUCAGAGACCAAAAACUUAUGGAUCAAGUUAUUGAAGACGCCGUGGAUGUGGGCUAUAGACACAUAGACACUGCUUAUGAAUAUCAAAACGAAAAUCUUAUCGGAAAUACACUGAAAAAGCUGUUCAAUAAAAAUAAGAUCAAAAGAGAUGACAUAUUUGUGACGAGCAAAGUGUGGAAUACUUUUCAUAGAAGACAUAAAGUUAUUGAAGGCAUUAAACUGUCUCUUAAUAGCUUAGGUCUCGACUAUUUAGAUCUGGCAUUAGUUCAUUGGCCGAUGGCAUACAAAGAGGGCCCUGAAAAUCAUCCAAAACAUCCAAAUGGUUCGGCCAUUAAUAUGGAUAUAAGUGUUGUGGAAACCUGGAGGGGAAUGGAAGACACAUACAAACUGGGAUUAGUUAAGAGUAUCGGUGUCUCUAAUUUCAAUUCAGAACAGUUAUCUCGUCUUCUUAGAGAAACUCAUAUCAAACCAAUUGUCAAUCAGAUUGAAUGUAAUCCCUACUUAAGUCAAGAAAAAUUAGUUAACUUUUGCAAAGCUCAAGGUAUUCAAGUAGUGGCCUGGAGUCCAAUUGGACGGGGAAAUAGCCAACUGCUCAAUGAACCGUUAUCAUGA